ACAGUACAGUGGAUGACCAGAGACUGCGGACAGUACAGGGGAUGACCAGAUACUGCGGACAGUACAGGGGAUGACCAGAUACUGCGGACAGUACAGGGGAUGACCAGAGACUGCGGACAGUACAGGGAUGACCAGAGACUGCGGACAGUACAGGGAUGACCAGAGACUGCAGACAAUACAGGGGAUGACCAGAGACUACGGACAGGGGAUGACCAGAGACUGCGGACAUAGUACA